AUGGAAUCUGGCAAGAAUUUGAAGGCGCGUCGCCCCCAAGACUACAAUUUCCACCUCGACUAUCGAACACGAUGGUGCGAUAACGACAUGUUCGAUCAUAUGAACAAAUCAGUCUACGGCUUCCUGGUUGACUCCUUGAUAUACGCUUACCUCAUUGAACAAUGUGGCUUUCAUCCUCCGACUGCUGAAAUGUACGGAGUCGCUGUGGAUGCUCAUACCGAGUUCUUCUCGUCGAUCGCAUAUCCUGCAGUUGCAGAGCUAGGGCUACGCGUGAACAAGCUGGGAAAAUCUAGCGUGGCAUAUGAAGCUGCUGUUUUUGAGCGGGGCGUGGACGAAGUCAAGGUCGUGGCGACCUGUGUUCAUGUGUUUGUUGAACGCUCGACAGGGCGACCAUCGCAAGAAGGCAUGACUGCAACCUUAAGGCAAGCUCUUGAUAAGUUGCAAGAGAUCGCGGCGCUUGUAGAUGGCAAGCGCGGGAAAGAAGUGUUUUUGUAA